UCAUCCAUCAAUGAAUACUCUGCAACAUCCCAGAACAUGACGUGUGAUCCAGUGGAAAGAUCCGAUCACCCUUUACUCCUGUUCUUCUACAGUCUGGUGUUUCUGGUGGGCUUGAUCCUCAACAGCUUCACCUUGUGGUUUCACUGCUGUGGAGCUCAUAGACAAGUUUCCAAAAGCUUGACGAUCUACCUGAAACAUCUGACAGCUGCUGACUUUUUGCUGUGCAUUAGCCUCCCAAUGCGAAUCAUUUAUUACUCCACCAGGUCUUUCACUGUGCAUCUGUUUUACUGUGGCUUUGGAUCUGCGUUCCUUUACCUCAACAUUAUUACAAGCAUCAUGUUCAUGGGCUACAUCGCAGCUAACAGGUACAUGAAGAUCUUUUAUAGCUCAGAAACUUCCUUCCUAAUGACUACCAAAGCCAGCCACAUCAUCUCGAUGACCACCUGGUUUGUUCCCCUGACCUUAAUGACAUCAUACAGCAUCCUUUUGCUGAUCACCUACAAACCUCAUCCGUAUCUCACCACUUGUGGAUUUCUACUCUCUGACCGUGUAAAUUCACUGCACUCAGUGAUGCAUUGUUUUGCUGCUUUUGUCUUCAUGUUAGUUCUCUUAUCUCUUGUCUUUUUUUACUAUAACACCUGCCGCAGGGUGAGACAGAUCCAGCAGAGACAGCUAGGCUCCAACUCCAAGAGACUUUUAAAGUCUCGCAGGAAUAUGUUGGUGUUAGUCAGUGUUUUCUGCUUUUGUUUUGUUCCUUUUCACCUUAUUCAACUUCCUUACUUCCUAUUUGGAGGACAUUGUUCAGAGGUGUUUUACUACCUAAAGGAGGUGACUCUCUUAAUGUCAGUUUGUAAUAUCUGUCUGGAUCCUCUCAUUUAUCUUUUUUUCUGUAAAGACUUUAAGUCUCACUUGAAGGAAAUGUUUUGCAUGAAGGGCAAAAAGAACACCUCAACUUAA